CAUAUGAUUUAAACCACACACAGUAACAGAGAGAUCCUGUCAGUAAUAUAGUCUCCUAAAGCGAUUCAGUUCAUACUGAAACCAAAAGCUGCAGGACUAAAAGAGGAAUUACUCUAUGCUGACCUGGAGCAGAAUUGUGAAGUGGAAAUGGUGAAGCCAGACAGACAUAAGUGGAUCGCAAGAUGUCCUCAACAGGACUUCAAUGAAGCCAACACACUGAAGAGUCUUAAAGUGGACUGCCGUCCUCCGCUCUUGCUAAAUAUAGCCUUGGCACUGCAGCAUGUUAUGGUCCAUGCAUCUCUGUGUGCAUUGGUGGUUGGGGCAUUAGUGCCUCAGGCUGAGAAGGAAAAGACAGCUGCCUCUGUGUUCUUUUACUCUGGUGUUUCUACGCUCCUUCAGACAUGUUUUGGAUCAUGUUUGCCAUUGAUCCAGGCUCCAUCGCUAGACUUCCUGGUUCCAGCUCUUGUCUUGCUUUGUGCACGGGCAGGGAGUCAUGCAGCCUGCAGGGGGCAGUGUGAUCAAUCAGAGCAGUUUGAGGUUCCGGCACACCAACUGAGAGAGUUGCAGGGCAUGGCUGUAGUAGCAGGCCUGGUGCAGUUGUCAGCGGGUUUGUGUGGUGUGGGUGGAGCCAUGCUGACCCGAUGUGGUCCACUCGUCCUCGCUCCUGUGUGUUGCAUGCUGGGAUUCUCCAUCUACAGAGAGGCAGCUCUGCUCUGCUCAGACCACUGGGGCUUUGCUCUUCUGACUGUGGUGUUGCUGGUGUGUCUGUCUCAGCACCUGCGUUGUUGGACUCUCUCUGCCCAUCUAAAGCUCCCACUGUACCCUGCCAUCAGUAUGCUCUCAGUGCUGCUGUCUGUGCUCUUGGUGUGGGUUGUGUGUGCUGCUCUUCAACACUGCGGACGCAUCACUCCUCAUUCUGCGUCCGAACUGCUUUUCAAGGAUGAUUUAAAUGCAACCCCAUUUCAGGACUGGACAACUGCAAAUUCAUCUAACCUGCUUUCUCCAGAUCCAAAAGCAGCGUGGUUUAUGCUGCCUUUACCCGAUCUUGGGCUCCCCCUCCUGUCUGGUGACAGUAUUGCAGCAGGAAUUGCAGCAGGGUUGUCGUCUUGUAUCAGCUCCCAGGCGGUGUAUGUCUUAACAGCCCGGCUCCUGAAAGCUCCCACCCCUCCCGCACAGGCGUGUAACAGGGGGGUGAGUGUAGAGGGGCUGAGCAGCGUGCUCGCGGGGCUGAUGGGGGUGCCGGUGGGGCUCUGCAGCAGUGUGCCCAAUGCUUGUAUGACCAGCCUCAGCCAGUGUGGCUCUCGGGCCACGGUGCAGCUUGCUGCUGUGAUGCUGAUGGUUCUAGGUCUGUUCCUACAACUGACUCAGCUGCUCACUUCAGUCCCUCUGGCUAUUCACGGUGCUGUGCUCAGUGUGACCUACACAGUGGCUGCGGCGACAGGAAUAACGUACCUCCAGUACACAGACGUGGACUCAGGGCGCAACAUUUUCAACACAGGCUUCACAGUGUUCAUGUCUUUAGUGCUUCCUCGCUGGUUCAGAAUGCAGUCUGGAUUUAUCUACACUGGUGUACGCAGUCUUGAUAUAUUUUUGCAGUCUUGUCUGAUGCUGCCUGUGUUUUUAGUUAGCCUCUUGGCCUUUCUUCUAGACCACACAGUUUCAGGUACCCUGUCUGAGAGGGGGCUUGAACGAGAUCAGAGCACUAGGAAGAUACAAUCAUUAGCCGAUAAGCCACAAGAAAACAGCCAAAGCCUAGUGACUGUGUACGAUCCGCCACAACCCGUGAGGAAAGUGCUGGACUUGCCCGGUCUCCGUAACUUUCCUUUUUGUGCCUGCAGGAGUUUGGAGCUGGAGAAAAUCACAGUGGCGUCUGCAGAGAUGUCGAGCUUAUUACCUCAGUAGACUGAAAUACAGCAUGUAUGUGUUGCUGAUAAAGCUGAACUACAUCGAAUAUAUUUUUAUGUUGCACUUUAUGUUAUCAUAAUGUUUGUCUAUCAAAAGCAUGAUGCAACAUCUGGCUGUGUCUACUAUCAUAUUCCAUAUCAUAACCAUGGAAGUUGUAACAGGAAAAGAAAAAAUGGAGGGGCACCCACAUAUUUCCAUAUAGUUUAAUUUUGAAAAAUAGAUCUUUAAAUAUUUUUUAUGAACAUAUAAUUUUGACAUCUUUUUGGUAAAAAGUUAAUAAUGCCACAAAAAAGGUAAAUAAAGCACGCCAGAUUGUGAGUAUCACUCCAUAAAGCAUACAUAGGGAAUUAGCAUACUGAGCAUUUACAUAGGAUGCUGUACAGGCUCUCUGACACAUCUGUACUGAGUGAAGUUAAUAAAUAGUAAGUAGCACAGUAUAGCUUAAUUAAUAUAACUAAAGUUUUACCCCUUGUGUAUGCUAUAUGUAGAAAUACAGUGUACAAUGUGACUAUUAAAUACAUGAUAAAGUUACAAAGAACAUUUCCAGCAGGAAAACAUGAAACAUUACAGCGUUGAAAAGUCUAAGACACAGAGUUUGGACUUGUAAGAGAGGAAAAGGACGUAACAAAUAACUUACAGAAUGGUACAACAUCAGGAGUGAAAAUUCCUGACAACUAGCAGAUCUGGUAGAUUUUUUUUAGUUGCCUUUAAUGAUAACUGCAUUUGAUUGUGUGUCCCAAGCCCAUGUUAUCUCCAUAUAACAUGUUAUUAUACUGAAACAGCUACAGUAUCAGACAGGCUAAGACUGCGUUCCUAUGUCUGAGCUACUGCUUACCUGAGCUAAUUUAUCUACGGCUUACCUCUGUUGCAUUACCUCAGUCAGUAUAAGAAUGGUUAUUAAUAUCACAUAUGCACAAAUGUGUAGAAGUGUGCGUGUGUUUGUGUUUGUGAGUAUGCUCCAGUGUAGGCAAUAAAAGAUUCAUUUCAUUCAAAUAGUUUUGCAUUGAAUAUUUUUUACAUGUAGGUUUUUGAAUAGUUUGGG